AUGCUGCGAAAUCACUCCCUAUUGGUAUUACUUUCAUUAUUAACAACAACAAUGGGCGUUGAUUACGUAAACAAAACACACACAAAGCCAUGGAAGGUACGGUUCUAUCCUAAAAAAUCGGUGUUUAGAAAAGCAGACCUCAUCGAUAAGGGAUGUACUAUUUUUAUUAGGGAUUGCCCUCAGAUGUACAAACAGAGUUUGGUCUGUGCGAGACAUUACGACGGACAAUUUAAAACUUUUAACAAUUACUGUGAGAUGGAGUUCGAAAAUUGCAAUAGUUGGAGACAAUGGAGUAUGAUUAAACAGGAUCGAUGUUGA